AUGCCUUCGAGGCUUGACCUCUUCGGCACGUUCACCGCCGAGCCGCGCCCCUUCGUGUUCAAGCGGCACGGAUCCAAGUCGAAGUCGCACCAGGCUGCAGUGCAGCUGUUGCUGGCCGGCAAGGCUGAGCCCGUGGCCCCAUCUGUUGGCGCGUUCCAGGCCGUCUUGGCGCAUUUCCAGGAGGGGGGGGCCCGGUCGUCGGCGGGGGUUCAGGACGUUGGCAAGAGGAAGAAGGUCCGCGCUAUGGGCCCCUGCCUCGCCGAGGCCGCGAGGAUGUCGCAGCGCGAGUUCAUUGCCGGGUCGAGGGGCUCGACGAUCAUGCAGGACAGCCGGAAGCACAAGCUCCUCAUGCGCUUCAAGGCGGCCAACGACGACCUCGACGUCCGCGAGGGGGUGCUCGGCCACGCCCAGCUCAAGCAGGGGGUAGGUGCAGAUGAUUUGACGAAGGCAUCGAUGCGCAUCACCACCAACUUCUGCACGCCGCUUCUCGUCGCGCCGCGCAACAGGGCGAGGGCGAAGGUCGACCAGGCGUUGCUCAAGGCGGUGCUGCACAAAGUCGAGCACUACGCUGCCGACGCAGCCCCGGACGAGCAGCUCGCUGGCAACUUGCUUCGCGGCAGGCCUUACCGAGCGCCAUCGGUCAAAGAGAUGUGGUCGCCUCUGCCACAUCUGCGCAUCGUUUCUCGGGUGUUUCAGAGUUGGUUCUCGUCCAACGUUGCGCGCGUGCAGGAGCAUUUCACUGUCAACUUGCGGAUCAAAGACAUGAGCAUGUGCGCUUGCCAUUUUGACAGCCACUCGAAGCCGACGGGCCGCGGGGUGCUCUUCCACGAGCCGUGCUUGCUCACUGUGAUGCAGAUCGCGCAGGUCCGCAAAGGCAGCUCGGAGGGCGACAUUGCCGCCGACUUCCUGGACUACGUGGACGAGGAGAAGUUGCUGCAGAUGGGGAUGAUUGCCGACGCUGGGGACGAGGCUUUGGCGCACACACGGAUCUGCGAUUCCCCCGACUUAGACGAGGCGGAGUUGCCGAGCCACAACGCGUUUUUCUUGCAGCGCAUCGCCGUGCUCUUCGUCGAGUCUCAUUGCUACGACCUCGGGUACACGAAGUUCGUGCACGAUGCCUCGGUGAAGAUGCCAGUGGCGAUCUUUGCGCGGGGCCAUCCGAGGGCCAUAGGCGGCCCCGGCAGCGCGACGCCCGAGAUCAAGGAGCGCUGCAGAAACCGCAUGGUCGCACGGCGCCGCCUCGCUCAGGCUACUGUCAGGGCCGAAUGGCAAGAUUUCGAAGUGGCGGCAGCCUUUGACGCUCUCAACUUGCAGACUGUUGGGCGGCACACGCUGGAGACGAAGACUGCCAGCAAGGCCCGCUGCGAAAUGAUUGCGAACACGCUUGGCCUCGACCUUCCCGCGUUGCUGAAUGGGUAUUCAAGCGUGCUUCCUGUCGCUUUGCAGAAGAAAGCGAGCCCUGGUCUUGCCGACGUCGAGGCGUGGAAGAUGGCGAUGUCCCAUUCUAAAGCUGCGCGCAAGGAGACGACGCAGAUCUCGACACUUCGGGCAGCCCUUGUCCAGUAUGCUGCGCGGGUCGGUUCCUCCAGCCGAGUGGAGAGAUCGUUCAAGCAGUUUCAAUGGGCAGCGGAGCAGCGGCGCAGUUCUUGGUCUGACGCGGUGGAGAACGAUGAGAUCCAAAUUGCGCGCUGGGAGAAGUGCAUGGACAGGUCGACGAUUGCGGAGGUUGCUCGAGGAGUGUGGCACCUAUGCAAGCACGGCAACCCUCGCACCCCAGGGCCAUGGGGGCGCAUCGACAAGGGGGCCCCGCAGAAUAACAUCAAGCGCAAGGCCGCCGAGCUGAUGGACUCCAAGAAAGCUCGGGUCGAGAGGCGUCGCCAAGGAGUCGAGGACAUGAUGGCCCAAGCCGGGGAGGUGGCGCGUAGCCGAGCCGUCGCCAAUGUGCGGCGUGAAUCGGCGCGCGGCGGCGGGUGGACUGUUUCCCACAGUCGCCAAGAGACCACCUUGAAAGAUAAGCGAAUGGAGUACUUCGUGGACGGCAUCAUGGAUGGGGCGACUUCUCUGAAGGAUUUGAGCGAGGAGAUGUGCCACGUCGUGCUCCAGGAGGUGGGGCGUCGAAGGAAGGCGUCGCUAAGCCGCAGUGCGAAGUGGCGGCGCAAUGGGGAUGCGUUCGCAGGGCCGAAGCGGAGUCUCGAGGGGUUGCGCUUGUUUGUGGAGAAGAACGUGGACGUUUGCGAGGUCGACCUCGUCCGCAGCACCAGGAAGGACAACAUGGCGCGAACUACGGACCGGUCCCAAGCUGACAUCUACGUGGCUGGCAUGCCUGCUGCAGUGUCUCAGCGCGCAGGUUGGGCGCGCGCGAUGAGGGGCGGGGCCGUGUCCACGCUGGAGCUUGUGAUGUCGCACGCCGAGCAGGGGGCUGCGAUAGCUUGCGAGUGCGCGGCCAAGAAGCGCAGGCGCGCCUUCGCCGCCGACAGCUUCAUCGAGGCCCACCCGGUCGUGUACGAUGUGAUUCGCACGUGCCCCACCAUGCAGGGCAACGCUUGGACGUGGCUGAAAUCGGCCAACGACGCGAGGGACAGGAGCCCCACCUUGAAGCAGGCAGGGCGGGGCGCGGAGUUGCUGGCGCUGGUCUCGCCCAGGGAGAAGCGCGACCUCCCCGAG